AUGGCUGGCGCCGCAAAGAAAAUGUUCGGCCUCUCGCAAGUAGUGCCUGUUGUUAUGCCUCUUAUUGCAGGCUCAGCUGGAUAUGCUGCCUACCGAGUCAACUGGGGUCCUCUGAUUAGGGAAUUCCUUACAGGACCUGGACGGACAUCGCGGAUCCUGCUGUUGUUCUUUAUCGUGUUUAACUGGAAGAGCAUGCCCUUUGCUUGGACUUAUCGCGUAUUAUACACCAUAUUCCUCCACGGCUACUGGCGCAAAUCGCCGUCUCUCGGCCCCAAUGCUCUUUUCAAGCCCAUGAUUUCCACUACGCACGCGCCCAUUCUCGAGAUAGACUACAACUUGCACAAAUCAAAUUCAACAUACUUUGCCGACCUCGAUGUCUCGCGAUCGCAUCUCGUCACCUACCUCUGUCGCGCCUCUUACAUGACACUCGCCAACAACGCAAAGACCAAGCUCGUCCUGGACCCAAAGACCGAUCAGCCAAUCAAGGGCAAUGUGAGCAUCAUCCUGGGUUCCGUCGCUUGUAGUUUCAAGCGCGAGAUCCCCGCUUUCAAGAACUUUGAGAUGUGGAGUCGUAUUUUGUGUUGGGACCGCAAGUGGUUGUAUAUCGUUACGCAUUACAUUCCCAAGGGAGCUGCCAAGCCUACAUCGUGGCUCGAUCCUACGUUCAAGGAGACUUCUGCGCGAGGUCCCCAAGACGCCGCCGGUGGAUGGCAUAGGAGGAUCUAUGCGACCGCCAUCAGCAAGUAUGUCUUCAAGCUGGGUCGCUUUACUGUGAACCCAGCCAUCAUGCUGGGCGGUGCCUCUGGACUUCUACCAGAGCGUCCUGGCGGCUGGACUACUGGACCAGAGCAGCUUGGUGAUAUGUCUGUCGACCUUUCUGAUGUCGAUUUGGAAGUUCCAGGAGAAUGGGACUGGCAACGUGUUGAGGCGCAGCGACGUAAGGGUGUCGAGUAUGCAAAGCACUUCCAGGAGCUUGAUACACUACAUGAGCUGUUUGAUGGAGGUAAUGAAGGUGCUCUAGGCAAGUUUGCGCCCUAG